AUGUUCACAAGAACUUGCCUCAGAAGGGGAACAAAUAUUAUCACAAACCCAGGGCUAUCAAGAUUUGCUGGACCAUUGAAUUCAUCUCUACAGGCUUCUAGCUAUAAUAACUCCUUAACUUACAAAUCACAAAGAAAUUUCUUUACUGCAAAAGAAGGAACAAUGUGCUUCUUUGGUACAAUUUUCUUCGUCAGGGAGCAAUACGCCUGCCUUAUUCACAGAUUCCAAAAGUUCAAUAGACAAGUAAAGCCAGGGUUGAACUUCAAGCUUCCUUUUAUCGAUACCAUAGAGUAUGUGCAUGAUCUCAGAGAACAAGUUUUUGAGAUAUCAUCUCAAGUAGCAGUCACUCGUGACAACGUUGCUUUACACAUUGAUGGAGUGCUCUACCUCAAGGUUGAAGAUCCUUACAAAGCCUCUUACGGAGUUGAAAACCUGACUAGUGCUAUCACCAACCUUGCCCAGACCACUAUGAGAUCUGAGAUAGGUAAACUAGCUCUUGACAAAACCUUUGAAGAGAGAGACAAGCUUAACGAAAGAAUAGUGAGUGCUAUUGACAAAGAGACCAAGGACUGGGGAGCCAAAUGCAUCAGAUAUGAGAUCAAAGAUAUUGAACCACCAAGCAAUGUUCAAAAAUCAAUGAUCCUUCAAGCAGAAGCUGAGAGAAAGAAGAGAGCAAACAUGAUUGAAUCUGAAGGACAGAGACAAUCCAGGAUCAAUCUUGCUGAAGCCAACAGGAAUUCCAAGAUUCUUAAAGCAGAAGGUGAAGCUGAAGCUAUUAUUAAGAAAGCAGAAGCAUCUGGAGAAGCCUUGAAAUCUAUCUCAGAAGCACUAAAAUUUGAGGGAAAAGACAGGAAGACCUUUAUCAUCAACUAUUUAUUAGGAGAGAGAUAUAUUGAUGCUUAUAAGAAGAUGGGCCGUAAGGAGAACACGAUGUUUAUCCAGACUCAACCUCAAAAUCCCAUUGAAAAUGUUACUUCUUCCUUCAAUUUGAUGGACCAAGUCAACAAAAAGACCACAAAAUAGCUCAGACGAGAAAUAAUUACUUCAUGGCCUU